AUUCACUUCUCACCGGAAUAUGGGGGGGCUCCUCGCGCAGUUGUGCGCGGCGGUCGCGGCGCUGCAUGUUGCCGCUGCCUUUGUGACGACGAUCCCCGCGUCCCAACGACACUGCUUCAAUGAGGAGGUGAAAACGAAGCGAACGGCCCAGCUCCGUGUUGCCGUCAUUGAGAGCUACGAUCCCGCCGAUUAUGGCAUUCGAUUUACUGCGUUCGGUCCGUUUUUGACGUCGCCGUCCGAAUCGCAGGCGGACAUGAACUUCUUCGACACGAUUGUCAGCACUCCUCCGAAGAUUAGCUCCACUGGUGCCCAGACUCCGUCGUCGGGCAACGCGUUCAGCUUCAACUCUGAGCACCGCGGUGGAUGGUACAAGUUUUGUCUCGAGAACACGCACACGUCAUAUCAGAAGAAGGUUCUGUUCCAUACCGCGUACGGACUCACGACUGAUGGCGACUGGGGCAAAGAAGACGAAGCCGAGACAGAAACCAAGCAGAUGCACCUCAAGGUCGUCGGGAAGACCCUGUCCAACCUCGAACAGCUCUUUGGCCAGAUCAAGUUUGAGCAAUUGUACUUGACCGAGCGCAACAAACGGCACUUCGAAACACUCGAUAGCAACUCGUCGCGACUGUUUUACUGGACCCUGUUGCAAGUGCUGCUUGUGGCCGUCGUGUACGGCGCGCAGAGCUACAUCCUGAAGCAGUGGUUCAGCUCGAAUGGCCUUAUUGGCACCACGGACCGCCGAUGGGCGUAGCAAAGCUGCAGUUAAUCAUCCAUCAAGAUCGUGGCCACCACAGAAUUCGCGGUUGACAUUGCUGUGAGUAUGGGAGUAUCGCUUCCUCUCCAUCCAACGCAACUAACAUUAGCAAGAAUGGUGCCGUGAAGCAGCCCAGCAACGUUAUUGUUGUACUCAAUAUACUCGAAAUAUUCGACAAACUUUACAGGGUGUAGAGUAGUAUUUCUUAAGAGAUGUGAUUAUUCUGAUACAGCUUGAUCGGAG